CAAACUACCUAUAUUUCUCUUUCUAAAAAAAUAAAACCAUGGGCCUAAAGAAAACAUCAAGCAGCAGCAAACAUCAAACAGCAGCUUUGAAACAAAUGAUCAAAAGGUGUUCUAGCUUUGGAAAAAAUGAGAAUGGGUUCCCUCAUGAUGUCCCAAAAGGACAUUUUGUUGUGUAUGUUGGAGAAAAUAGAAGCAGAUAUAUAAUUCCUAUUUCUUGGUUAACACAUCCUGAGUUUCAAAAUUUGCUUCAAAGAGCUGAAGAAGAGUUUGGAUUCAGUCAUGAUAUGGGCAUUACUAUUCCUUGUCAUGAACAUGAUUUCUGCUCACUUAUUUCAAUGUUCAGAUGAAAAAAUGUUACUUUUUUUCUCUCUAUGAUAUGAUGAUGAGAGAGUUUAGGUUAUUAUUAUUAUUAAGUAAAUAGUUAAAAAGAGAGUUUUUAUUUUAACUGACAAAAGGAUGUUAUUAGCCCACAUAAUUAUCAACUCUCUUGUGGAGUUUUUGGGUUAAUUUGUAUAUUUGGUUUUUCAUGUACUCGAUUGUUAGUUUCAUCAGUGGUGUGGAUUCUGCACCCGUGGAAAUUAAAUCUCUUAUUUCUAUUGUAACCAAAAAAAAUAAAAAAUUACUAUCAGUUC